AUGUCUUCAAAUACUUGCGAAGCAACGGUUAAUACAUUUAUUCAACUUUCGAGUAAAGCAUUGGCCUUUUUUUUCCCUGUUGAUGAAGAAAAACUUAUGAAGGACUUGAACGAUGAUUUCGCUGUAAAGAGAGAACUCUUGAAGUAUGGAAAGUACAUGGCAAUUGCAAGUGCUGCUCUUCUCACUGCCAAAAAUGUUAAAUUACCUAUCAAAACACUUAUGGUAGAUCAUGAGGAAGUAGAUAGUACUUCUGAAGAAAUAGAUACCAUGGAUGAUCCCCAUGUUAUAUUCGUUUCAGAGGAAAAGAAACCAAGCACUCAUGAAAAGACUUCAUCAGGCACAGACGAUGGUCAAGUUACCUCUAUUUCACUUGAGAAGAAACUGGAUGUCCAAACCAUUACUUUAUCAGGAAAUUUUAUAAAAGCUAUUGAGUACCAACAACUUGCAUUAGAAAUUAAAAAAGAAGUGGGCGACAAGGCCGGAGAGGGAAGCAGUUAUUGCAAUCUCGGUGCUGCUUAUCGCGGGUUAGGAAAUUUUAGAAAAGCUAUCGAGUACCAACAACUUGCAUUAGAAAUUAAAAAAGAAGUGGGCGACAAGGCUGGAGAGAGAAACAGUUACUGCAAUCUCGGCGCUGCUUAUAACGGGUUAGGAAAUUUUAGAAAAGCUAUCGAGUACCAACAACUACCAUUAGAAAUUAACAAAGAAGUGGGCGACAAGGCUGGAGAGGGAAGCAGUUAUUGCAAUCUCGGUGCUGCUUAUAACGGGUUAGGAAAUUUGAUAAAAGCUAUCGAGUACCAGCAACUAGCAUUAGAAAUUUUCAAAGAAGUGGGCGACAAGGUUGGAGAAGGAAACAGUUAUUGCAAUCUCGGUACUGCUUAUGGCAGUUUAGGAAAUUUGAUAAAAGCUAUCGAGUACGAACAACUUGCAUUGGGAAUUUACAAAGAAGUAGGCGACAAGGCUGGAGAGGGAUACAGUUAUUGCAAUCUCGGUGUUGCUUAUGACAGAUUAGGAAAUUUUAUAAAAGCCAUCGAAUACCAACAACUAGCAUUAGGAAUUUUCAAAGAAUUAGGCGACAGGGCUGGAGAGGGAAGCAGUUCUUGUAAUCUCGGUGUUGCCUAUAAUGCAAUUAGAGAUUUUCAAAGAGCUUUCGAGUACCUUGAACGUGCUCUGGUAGUUUGCAAGAAAACAGGACAGAAGGCUAUAGAGGUCCUGCUACUUUUUAACCUUGGAGAUGUCUCUGAAAACCUGGGGUCUCCUUUCAGUUCUCUUAAGUACUAG